ACACGCCGACCGUGCCCGCCUGGCCACCGUCGUCCCGCGGGUGUUUCUUUCCUCUCCUCCAAGCCAGCGCCCGCCACCGCCCACCGCCCACCGGCGCCCGCCCGCCUCCAUUUAUACCUCCUCCGGCGAGGCAACGCACGCAACCCUUCCCAUCCCUUCCCUCCCCCACCGACGAAGGCGACGAAUCUCGGAAUCCCAAUUCCAUAGAGGCGGGAUCGAUCGGAAUCAGGGUACCCCGCAGGAGUCCAAAGCCUGCUGCCGUGAUGUCGGCGACCGCGGCGGACGAGGCGGCGGUGGAGGCGCGCCUCCAGGCGCUGCGGCAGAUGCUCGGGAAGAAGCAGCAGUUCGAGCAGGCAGUCGCCGACCUCGCCGCCGUGGUACGGGACCGCUACGCCGGCGCCUCCCCCGCACUCCGCAAAUCGAUGUAUUCAACAGUUUGCCGUGUUGCAACGGUGCUUCAGACUAGAUAUACAGCUCCUGGAUUCUGGCGUGCUGGUCUGAACCUCUUUGUGGGAACUGAGAAGCUGGUAACUAAUCCUGCUGAAAAGGAGCACUUGAAGAGCUGCAUUUCAAGGGCCCGGGAGCAUCUUGACGAAAAAGAAAAUGAGGAUUCCAUACCAAGCAACAGAGAAGCAGACACCAGAUUUCUUUUUGAAGGACACCUUACUGUGGGACAGGAGCCUCCACCUCCAGCAUGGCUUGUUGCCGAUAACUUAGCACGGGAAUUGAGCAUACUAACUGAAUCCUCUGGGGGUCAAGAUGGGAACAGCAAUAGGAUAGAGUCUAGAGCCGAGGAUGUGACACCUGCUAUAAUGAACUUCUUAGAAAGCAUAUCAGGAAACAGGGAUCUAGAAACUGCCUUGGAAGAAUCACUGCAGGGAAUCAUUGAGCAUCCACCCAGGGCACCCCCAGCCUCAAAGGAAGUUGUUGCCAAUUUACCUGUCCUAACAGUUACCGAGGAAGUCAUUGCUAGAUUGGGCAUUGAGACGGAGUGUGCUGUUUGUCGUGAAAACUUGGUUGUGGAUGACAAGAUGCAGGAGCUGCCGUGCAAGCAUCUUUUCCAUCCUCCGUGCCUGAAGCCAUGGCUGGACGAGAACAACUCAUGCCCGAUCUGCCGCCACGAGCUGAGGACAGAUGAUCAUGUGUAUGAGAGCAGGAAGGAGCGCGAAAAGGAAGAGGAGGAAGACAGGAGGGGAGCGGCAAAUGCUGUCAGGGGUGGAGAAUUCAUGUAUAUCUGAACUCAGCAGUAGCAGAAUGUAAUCCCUUGCUGAGCUUUGUGAUUUCCUGAUGCCUCGUUGUAACUGAAGUUAAUAGCGCCUGUCAUUCUCCACAAAUUUGUCAUGUUGGUACUGGCUGGUCAGGCUAGACAAUGCAGUUCGUGAUGGAUGGUGUGUUGUUAUCUCACCUGUAAAUCUGUAAUCAAUGUGGCCUGGCAGAGCGCUGUUUGAUCAGAACUCGCAGCGCCUAUCUGCUCCGGCAUGGCUGCCAGAUCGCUGAUGAAGCUUUAAGGCAAAGGUUGGUGGAGAGAUUGCUUU